CACUGACUGGAAACUCCAUCAGGAAGCAGAAUGUGACCAUAGCUGACUUUCUCCUGAGUAAGUAUGGUCCCUUUGCAAGGUAUACAGGCCUAUGCAGGAGUACUUUGCUAACAUGUCUUCCCUUCUCUCUGCCUCUCUUCAAGGCAGGGAACACAGCUCUGCACCUGGCCUGCCAGAACAGCCACUCCCAGAGCACACGCAUCCUCCUGCUGGGUGGCUCCCGCGCUGACCUCAAAAAUAACGCAGGUGACACCUGUUUGCACGUGGCUGCUCGCUAUAAUCACUUGUCCAUCGUUAGACUCCUCCUCAGUGCUUUCUGUUCUGUUCAUGAAAAGAACCAGGCCGGAGACACAGCCCUUCAUGUGGCAGCUGCCCUAAACCACAAGAAGGUAGCUAAAAUCCUGCUGGAAGCCGGUGCUGAUGCAGCCAUCGUGAAUAACGCAGGCCAGACCCCGCUGGAGACUGCCCGCUACCACAAUAACCCCGAAGUUGCUCUGCUCCUCACGAAGGCUCCCCAAGUCUUGCGCUUCAGUCGUGGGCGAAGCCUGAGGAAAAGGAGAGAGAGGCUCAAGGAAGAAAGGAGGGCUCAGUCCGUGCCCAGAGAUGAGGUGGCACAGAGCAAGGGAAGCGUAUCAGCAGGAGACACCCCUAGCAGUGAACAAGCUGUACCCAGAAAAGAGGAAGCUAGAGGAGAUCUCCCAUCAGCCUCCCAGGAGCCCAGAAAAGAUGACCGGAAGAGAAAAUCUAGACCAGAGGUGUCAGCCCUGUCUGACCCUACCCCAGCAGCAGGCCAACAAUCUGGACACCAGAGGAACCUGCACAGCCAUCACCACCCCAAAAAGAAGAACAGGCAUCGGUGUUGGUUCCCGCCCCCGCCCCAUGGGUUCAGGGCGUACCAGCUGUACACACUAUAUCGGGGAGAGGAUGGAAAAGUGAUGCAGGCACCAAUAAAGGGUUGUCGAUGUGAACCUCUAAUCAACAAGCUGGAGAACCAGUUGGAGGCAACUGUGGAGGAGCUAAAAGCCGAGCUGGGAUCAGUGCAGGAUAAAAUGAACACAAAGCUGGGGCAGAUGGAGAGUAAGACCCAGCACCAAAUGCGUGUUUUGGACAAGCUGAUGGUUGAGCGACUCUCAGCAGAGAGAACAGAGUGCCUGAAUCGCCUGCAACAGCAUGUAGAUGCCGAGAAACACGAGGGAGAAAAACGUCAGAUGUCCUUAGUGGAUGAAUUAAAAACUUGGUGUAUGUUGAAGAUUCAGCAUCUGGAACUGAAGCUUUCUGGAGAUUCUAGGACCUCUAGAGCUAAACCCACACCAUCUACUUGUGAUUCCUCUAUAGGCAUGGAUCAAGUAGUGAUGACUGCAGGGCCAGCAGCAGCUCCUGACAGCUCCUCCCAGGUAGUGAGGCCUAAGGACAAGGCCCUCAGUGUUGGGGCUGCCCACAGUCUACAGCAGGAGGGGCCUUCCUCUGACUGCACAGGCUCUCGGCUCAGGAAUGUCAAGGUCCAGACAGUGCUUCCCCCCUUGAAUGAGGCCUCCAGGUAUGAUCUGCAGGCUGGGUCCUGUGUCAACAGAGGCACCCAAACCAAGAAAUCUGGGAAAAGUGGGCAGACGAAGCAUCGAGGCCAGCAGCCGGCGGCCAGCAGCUCCAGCGGGCAGCCACCCGCAGCAGCCGGCAGUGAGCAGGCCGCCCCUCCUAUUCGAGACACCGCCCAAGCCCUGGAACUAACCCAGUAUUUUUUUGAGGCUGUGUCUACCCAGAUGGAAAAGUGGUAUGAAAGGAAAAUUGAAGAAGCAAGAAGCCAAGCCAAUCAGAAAGCCCAUCAAGACCAGGCCACACUGAAGGAGCACAUUAGAAGUCUGGAAGAGGAGCUCGCCAAACUGCGAACAAAGGUGCCGAAGGAAAAUUAGGAUGGAAAGUGGAACCAAAGGCUUCUGGUUUGACAACUGCAAACUGUGCAAGGAGUUGGCUAUUAUGCAUAAAGUGGACUUGCCUUUAAACAAAAUCACUAAUUUGUAAAAGGUAAACAUGUUUCCUGUGCCCCGAAGUUCCGAGGACUUCACCAAUUACAUUAAAUCCCAGGCGCUUGCAUUUCACUGUCAACUCUAAACCUCAGUCCAGGUUCGUCAAAAACUCAGACUAAGCAAGCCACGCCAGGAAGCAGAAUGAGGUGUGAGCCUAAGCCUACGAUUCAGGUUGUGUGAAUAUGUCAAAAGCAAAGCAAAAAUUAAUCUCUGUGAACUCUAGUGUCAUUCGUAUCUGUGUCAACACACCUGCUGUGCCUGGACCAGUCCCACAAGAGCCAGGUCUCUGGAGAUGCGAGAAGCCUUUUUCUCACUUGUAAUUCUCCAAAUGCUGGUGUCUUAAUGAGGUGAAAACUUCAGAUUUUGAAAGACAUUUUCAUGAUCUCAUAAUGCCCAUUAUAGCUUUAAAUAAUUUUUAAGUCAUUUAAACAAUGAGUAAUUGCUAACAGCACUGGAAAUAUUUGUAAAUAAUGAGAUCAAAAGAGAAACGGUCAUUUGACCAGUUUCUAUAUUUUCAGCCAAAAUAAUUGUGAGCAGAUUAAUACAUUCAUGUAGCCAUUAAUGGAAACUUCUGCAGCUAGUUACCUUAAAGUACCCUUUUCCCUAUAGCCCCGCUGGCCUGGAACUAUGUAGACCAGACCAUGGUGGCCUCAAUCUCAGAGACCCACCUGCCUCUACCUCCCAAUUGCUGGGAUUAAAGGCGUACACCACCACACUUGACUAGAGUACCCUUCUGAAUUCAAGACUGUAUCUUAGAAAGAAGGCAAUCUCUUGAGUUUCAUUUUGAAUGAACUUUUUUUUUGGUCUCUUGAGACAGGGUCUCCCUAUAGCCCCAGCUGGCCUGGAACU